AUGCGUCUUUGCUACCUUCUCCUUCUCGCCGCCGCCACCCUACUCGCAAGCGCCAAUGCAGUCCCAGACUCGAAGGUCUCAACGUCAGAUGACUCGCUGCGAACGCUCAUCGAUGACAUCCACGUCAGCUCCAAACGUCAUUUGAGAGCCGCAGAUAACGACGAAGAGCGGGCUGUCCCGAUACUAGGCAAACUCACGAGCUACCUCAACCAGAAGACGCUCGACUUAUGGCUCUUCCAAGGCAAGGACCCCAAGGAAGUCUUUAGGAUCCUGAAGCUGGUCGGUCUGAAGGGCAGAGCGGUCCAGCACAAGAGGUGGAAGUACUACGUCCGGUACCUCAACAUGUGGAAAGAUGCUCGCAAGAAUGCCGCCUAG